UUUCAACUGAAACCUUUGUUUUUCCACAAUUAGUCGUUAAAAGACAAGGGAAAUACAGCACGACAGUUUUUCUUGACUUGAAAUUUCUUUAAUAGAAUUUCUUUUCUAGCUCAUCUUCAUUUACCUUCUCGUUCCUUCGUUUCUUUCUUUUUCUUUUUUGUUUUUUUUUUUGCUUCCUUUUUCUCUACGAUUGUCAAUUUCCGGUAUUAACAAAUAUUAUUCGUUUUCAACGUCCUCGGAAUCAGACGAGUAAAUAAUUGUACUAUACGUAUUAUAUUGCGGAGAAAUUUAAUCAAAUUUAUAGUGAACCAAACAAGUUUUCAAGAUUGUGAAAAUCAGUGAGAACUAUACGAAAUCAAAAUAAUCCUUCGGGGAAUGUCUCGACAACAAAGAAUUUCUGGAUGCUUUUAUAGUAAUACGAUGUUUGGUGUGAUCUGCACCAUUGCGUGCCUGGCAUCCGCGACGAGUGCCCAACUCAAGUACAAUCAAUCAGGAAGAGACUCCUGGGACAAUGUUGAGAAUUACUUAACCCGAGGUGAUUUCUCUGAUAUCGAUCUUGAGAAUCUGAUGCAAGUUCUCGAUUUAGUUUUAAACUCGAAGGAGUUUCAACCACUCACGAUAUCAGUUGCAACAUUCGAUAUCAAUUCCUAUCUAACCGGACAAAUCUCAAAGUUCUUUGAACGUAAAUUAAUCACUUGCUACCAAAUUGAUUUCAAAAAUAAUUUAUCUUCGUUUAAAUUUACCAAUUUGCACUAUACAACUUGGAUUAUAAUUGUCGAUAAUCUACAAAUGUUGGAUUUCAAUUGCAACACUUUGAAUUUACUUUGGAAUUCAAGAAAUAAAUUUGUCAUCAUUUCCCUUAGUAAUGAUAAAUCUGCAUUGAAUUUUGAGAAAUUAUUUUCCAAUUUUUGGAAACGGUAUGGAAUAUCGAAAAUUUUGAUUAGCACAAAAAGGGAAAAAUUUAAAUAUGUUUAUCGCUAUCUUCCGUUUGAGAGGAAUUUGAAAAAAUUUGGAUUAGUUCAAAAGGUGUUUGUCGAUGGGGAGAAUAUUGAAGUCUUUCGCAAAAAUCAGAUGAGGAGAUUUAAUUCAGUCGAAGUGAAUAAGAAGAAAAUUUGUGAUUUAAAAGAGUUGGGAAAUAUUUUCGAGAAUUUUGAAAAUUUGAAUAAUUAUCCAAUUAAGGUGACGAUAUUUAAAUCACAAAUGGUGCAGAUAUCGAAAAUUGGAAAUAGGACAAAUUUAUCUGGACUUGAUGUUAAUGCCAUGUUUCUAUUAAGAAGUGUUUUAAAUGCUGAUUUUCGUAUUAAUGUUCUAAAACACGAUUAUAAAUCCGAUCCGUUUGAGACAGCAUUAAUAAACAUUGAAAACAACAAAGCUGAUAUUGUAAUGACAACAUAUUUUGUUAAACCCUACGAUGAUUUUAAAUCCUUUGAAUUUACCGUCGGUGUUCAUAUGGAUAAAGUUUGCCUUUUUGGCAAAGCCGCUGGGAAAGUACCCAAAUCUUUUAUGCCAUUUUUACCAAUUGCUCUCGAUUUCUGGCCACUAUUUAUCAUCUACAAUAUUCUUAUCAGUGCAUUUUGGAUUAAAUUUAAAUCAUAUAGUGAAAAAAUUCAUGAAGAAUCAUUGAAAAAGAAUAUUUUAGGAAUAAAUAUUUUAAGGAAGAAACAUUUGGAAGAGAAAAAAAAUCUAUCUCAAUAUCCACCGGAAAUUGAUUCACGUUUAGAAUUUUGUGGUGAAGUUGCUGUUUUGAGUUGUUCGCCACUUGAGGGUGAUAGUGAAUUGACGGCACAACGGAUUUUUCUCGCGGGAACAUUAAUUUUUACUUUAAUAAUAUUUGGUUUGUAUGAAAGUACAUUAUUGUCGGCAAUGAGUAAACCGUUUGAAUAUCAAGAACUUGAGACAUUAAAUGAUGUUCUUGAUACUGAUUAUUCAAUUUUGACGAAAUAUGAAAAUUUGAGAGAAAAUACGUUCUAUAAUGUUGAAUUAAAAAAUCGAGUUAUUCUUUUGCAAGGUGUUGAGGAAUCAUUGAGAAAAAUUGUUGUUAAUAAUAAAAGUGUUUUGGGAAUAAUGCGAUUAUCAACGGCAGAAUUGGAGGAUCGUUCGAAAUAUUAUGAUGAGAAUGGAGAAUAUUUGUUGCAUGUAAUUGAAGAAUGUCCUUGUGCUUAUUGUUUAUCGUAUGUCGUUAAAGAAUAUUCGCCCUAUUUAGAGAGAAUUAAUAAAAUAUUGUCGAAAAUUAGUGAGGGGGGAUUGUUUCUUAAAUGGUAUAAUGAUAUGCGAUAUGCAAUUUAUAAAGAAGAGCAAAAAAAAAUUGCAAGCAGACCUUUAGUAUCAGACUUGACACUUGAACAUUAUUCGCUUAUUUUUCUCAUUCUUCUAGGAGCGUUUCUUUGUUCCACUUUUGUUUUUAUUGCGGAAAUACAAUUCGCGAGUAGUGCACGACAUAUAGGAGAAUGAAAUAAUAAAAGAGGUAGAAAAAUCAAAAGGAAGCGUGAAAAGUUUCUUAAAAGUAUUUUUUUUUUGUUUUACUUCUUCGUUUCAGAAAAUAUUUGAAAAAUUGUACUUUAUGCAAAUAAUUAAUAAAAGUAUUGUGAAAGUAUUCAAUAUACAAUUGUAAUGAAAGGUGUUUAUUAAUUAAUUAAGUCUGAGAAAACUGUAUACA